GUGGGAGAAGGUGGCCGGUGCGCGGGGCGGGGGGGCCGUGUUGUGUGUGUGUGUGUGUGUGUGUGUCUGUGUGUGUCUGUGUGUGUGAGGGAGCGCUGAGUGCGCGGCCGCCGCCGCCGUGAGGUGCGCGGCCAGCCCCGCGUUCGCCAUUACGAGUUGGCCACACGCUUGCGAGAGCCGGGGCUGCCGCCGGCGCGGAUCGCCCGCGGGCGCGGCGCGCAGUGUAAAUAAAGCCCUGCCUCCCGCCCCGCUGGCUGCCGCCGCCGCGCAGUGCUUCUGCUCCGCGCUUUGCUGGCAGGAGCGUGUAACCCAGGUGAAGGCAGAGAAGGGAGGGUUGUUUUUAUGAAUGGGACUCUUUGAGGUUAAUUAGGCUGAUUGGAGUCCAGAUCCCGAGGAAAUCUCCAGAUCAAAUGCCCAGUAAAUAAAAACACUGAGCUAAGACUCGUGGAAGAGCUGCAGAAUGGAUGGAUUUUAUGACCAGCAAGUGCCUUACAUGGUCACCAAUAAUCCGCGUGGGAGAAACUGUAAUGAGAGACCGACAAAUGUCAGGAAAAGAAAAUUCAUUAACAGAGACCUGGCUCAUGAUUCAGAAGAACUCUUUCAAGAUCUGAGCCAAUUACAGGAGACAUGGCUUGCAGAAGCUCAGGUACCUGACAAUGAUGAGCAGUUUGUGCCAGACUAUCAGGCUGAAAGUUUGGCUUUUCAUGGUCUCCCUGUGAAAAUCAAGAAGGAACCCCAUAGCCCAUGUUCAGAACUUGGCUCUGCUUGCAGUCAAGAGCAACCAUUCAAGUUCAGUUAUGGGGAAAAGUGCCUGUACAAUGUCAGUGCCUAUGAUCAGAAACCACAAGUGGGAAUGAGGCCCUCCAACCCACCAACGCCAUCCAGCACUCCCGUGUCACCGCUGCACCAUGCCUCCCCAAACUCCGCUCAGACUCCUAAACCUGACCGGGUUUUCCCUACCCACCUUCCUCCAUCCCAGUCCAUUCAAGACAACAGCUUCCCUAUGGAUCACAGAUUUCGCCGCCAGCUCUCUGAACCUUGCAAUUCUUUCCCACCUUUGCCUGCAAUGCCAAGGGAAGGACGUCCAAUUUAUCAGCGUCAGAUGUCUGAACCAAACAUUCCUUUCCCACCUCAAGGUUUUAAGCAGGAGUACCACGAUCCAGUUUAUGAACACAACGCUAUGGUUGGAAGUGCAGCCAGUCAAAAUUUCCCCCCUCCUCUGAUGAUUAAACAGGAACCUAGGGAUUUUGCAUAUGAUUCAGAAGUGCCUAGCUGCCAUUCCAUUUACAUGAGGCAAGAAGGCUUCCUGGCUCACCCAAACAGAACAGAAGGCUGUAUGUAUGAAAAGGGACCUAGGCAGUUUUAUGAUGACACUUGCGUUGUUCCAGAGAAGUUUGACGGCGAUGUCAAACAGGAGCCAGGCAUGUAUCGCGAAGGACCCACGUAUCAACGGCGAGGCUCGCUUCAGCUCUGGCAGUUCUUGGUAGCUCUUCUUGACGACCCAUCAAACUCUCACUUCAUAGCAUGGACUGGCCGAGGCAUGGAGUUCAAACUGAUUGAGCCAGAAGAGGUGGCACGUCGCUGGGGGAUUCAGAAAAACAGGCCAGCUAUGAACUAUGAUAAACUUAGCCGAUCGCUUCGCUACUAUUAUGAAAAGGGAAUCAUGCAAAAGGUGGCUGGAGAAAGAUACGUCUACAAGUUUGUUUGUGACCCUGAAGCGCUUUUCUCCAUGGCUUUUCCUGACAACCAGCGCCCCUUACUGAAGACUGACAUGGAGCGCCACAUCAAUGAGGAGGACACUGUGCCUCUGUCCCACUUUGAUGAGAGCAUGGUCUACAUGCAGGACGGAGGCUGCUGCAACACCCACCCCUAUAACGAAGGCUAUGUCUAUUAACAACAGUGACACUGAAGGGGUGUUUCCCCCUCCCUUAAGCUUCUCCUCUUUCCCAAGACCCAGAGGAAAGCUGAAUCGACUUCAGUUUGUUUUUUAAAUAGUACACUAAAAGGGGCUUUUCCUGUUGCAUUACUCCUAUGGUCUGCCAUGGACAGCGCACUUUAUUUGAAAGGGGAGGGUUGGAACCUAAACGUUAUUCUGUGUAAAGGAGGAAAAGGGUGGCUUUGCUUUUUACUUAAGUUUGGGAUGGGAACAUACAGUUUUAAGUAAAAAAAAAAAGCUAUAUCAUGUCUGUUUUGUUUCAUAUCAGCAUAAGAUAUUGUACAUUUUCUCUGGGUAUCCGUAGUACAGUUAAUUCUCAUUGUGCAAAAUAACCACUUUUGAUGAUGAUAUCAGCACAGCAUGCCUAGGGCAUUUGUUUCUUGCCAUUCUUAAUUGUCUUUCUGCAGUUAUAAAAGAGAAGCAAAGCGUAUACUACACCAUUUAAUUUAGAAGUUUCCAGUGGCAGAACUUGUUCCUUGCCUCUGAGAACAUCCAGAUAGUUUUUCUAACUUUUUUUAAUUUUUUUUUUUUUUGGGUAUGACCUCAAAAAUAAAAAAAAAUAAAUCCUAUUUAAUGAUAGACUGGCCAUAAGUACAGUGACCAAGCAGCGAAAUUCCUGACUUCAGACUGCAAGCUGCAUGCUGUAUCUGGUGCCACAUUGCUAUACAUAUAUGGCCCAUGCUAUGGCGUUGAUUUUUCAAGAUCCAUUUGAGGGUAGUAAUUACAUGGAGUAGGCUUUCUGAUGAUCAUGUCAGCAUUAAAUACAGGAUCAUGAUCAGGAGGGAGAAAACAUUUUGUAUCCUUCCAUUUCCUUUGGUACAUAAAUAAGUUAUUUAAUCAAUAGGAAUUAACUGUACUAAGUCACAUAUCUAAUUAUGCUGUUUAGACACAGCAAGCACUCCUUGAGAAAAAUAUCCAAUACACUAAAUAGGUACUUUAGUAAUUUUUAGACACAGUACCCAUUAAUAUGCAUUUAAGCCUUUUACUGCUGUGUUAUGUUGAUAACAUAUAUAAAUACUAGAUAAUGCUAAUGCUUCUGCUGCUGUCUUUUUCUGUAAUAUUCUCUUUGAUGCUGAAUUUACUAUGACCAUUUAUAAGCAAUGCUGUAACUACAGGUAGCAUUUCAGGACAAAAUAGAUGACUUGAACCAUUUAUUGCUUAGAAAAUAGCUUACGCCAUAGCUGUGCUAUAAGCAGCUUUUAUGCGCAUCCACAAAUGACUAGUAAGCUUCAGCUUGCUAAGGAAAGCUCUGCAGAACCUUUUGUAAUUUUCGGUGGAACAGAGACGAACUGUUAAAGAAUACCAUGAAGUUGCUGUAUGACGUUGUAGUGCUGGCACUGGUGUUACCAAUCAACUUGUUUUGGACACUAAAUGUAAAUGUGAUCGGAUAUGCUCGGAAGACAGUUUAAAUUUUGAGGGGUUUUUUUGGUUGUUUUGUUAUUUUUUCAAAUUGUUUUAUUUUUUUGAGAGGGGUUACCUUGAACACAAACCACACCUGCUAUUCUGUAUGUAAAACAAAAACAAAAAGUGGCAAAACCCCAAAAAUUUAAAAUAUUUAUGAGCACCUUUUUCAAAAUACAAUGAUUCAUAGUUUGAAGGGAUGGAAAGGGAGGUAAGAAUUUGAUUUCAUUUUUUGCCCAGUGAAAUUUAAAUAGUUGUUAUAUGAAGUACCUCAUUUUCCUAGAUUGUCAAGAAGUGGGAGAAAAAUAAAUACAUAACCAUGAAAAAACAAGAAUAAUUUUCAUCAUAAUGGAUGGAUUUCAAAGAGUCCUAGGCGGUGGGUUAAUCUUCCAUCCUGUCAGUUAAGACACUGCUUAAGUUAUGAAUAUUUUAAUACACAAUUAAUCAAAAAUAAAGAAGUAGUGGUCACUAGAAACCACAGUUGCAUAGAAAGCAUUUGGGCAGGUAAUUAAUUUAACCAGAUCCAUGAGACAACAUAUUUUACAACAUAUGCCUUAAUAUGCCAUCUAGUUCUGUCAUCCAUAGGUCUCAAUGGCACUUAAAUACUUGGUGAUCAACUGAGAAAAAGAAGUCUAAAAUUGCAGAACUAGCAAAAAGGAAAGGGAAAAUGUUGAGUAAUAUUGUUUAACAAAAUUGUGGUUUCCAUUGAAAUAAGGUUCAAAUGAAACAUGCUUUGAUGAAAAG